UCUUCCUCACCUUUCUUACCGCCAAACUUUAAACAACAAGGACUCUCUCACAUCCCCGCUGCAGCUCCUGCUUUCACUGAUUUACUCUGAAUACUUCUUUUCCUGCUCGACAUGUCUUUCACUCAGAAGAGACACUGCCCGGAUCCUCUGAACGACUCUCUGGAGAAGAGGAUAAAGCGGAUUUCAAUCGAGGGAAACAUCGCGGCGGGUAAAUCCACCUUUGUGCGCCUUUUGGAUCGUGAGAGCGCGGACUGGGAGGUGGUACCGGAACCGAUCGCCAGGUGGUGCAACGUCCAAACGACAGGCAGCGACUUUGAGGAGCUGACCACAUCUCAGCGGAGUGGAGGGAACGUCCUGCAGAUGAUGUAUGAGAAGCCCGAGCGGUGGGCCUACACCUUCCAGAGCUACGCCUGCAUCAGCCGGGUACGGGCCCAGAUCCGAUCGGCCACCGGGAAGCUCCGAGAGGCAGAGAACCCCGUGCAGUUCUUCGAGCGGUCCAUCUACAGCGACAGGUACAUCUUUGCAGCCAACCUGUACGAGAGUGAAUGCCUGAACGAGACUGAAUGGUCUGUCUACCAGGACUGGCAUGGCUGGCUGCACAACCAGUUUGGCAAGCACAUCGAGCUGGACGGCAUCAUCUACCUCAGAGCUGCACCGGAGAGAUGUUUAGAGAGAUUACACAUGAGAGGCAGAGCGGAGGAGCAAGACAUCCCUCUGGAGUACCUGGAGAAGCUCCACUUUAAACACGAGAGCUGGCUGCAGCACAAGACGAUGACCAUGGAGUUUGAGUAUCUGAACAACGUGCCGGUCCUGACCAUAGACGUGAAUGAAGACUUUAAGGCAAACACUAGCAAGAGUGCUGACAUGAUCGAGAAGGUGAAAGAGUUCUUGAGCACGUUGUGAGCGAUCCGAGCCAGCCGAUGGGACGGAUUAUCACUUUUAAAACAAUGAAAUUCCUCAACAGUCACGGCUCUUUUUACUAUUAUUUUAUGUUUUUAAAUCUAAUUGCUAUUUUCUUAUGUUCAUUGUAUAUUUAUCAAUCUUAUUGUGAAAAAUGAUGAUGUUCUAUGUGUCCAUUGGUAUUAACAAAGACAAUAAACUUGAAGUGUUUAAAAUAUA